CCCUAGGUGGGGACAUCCACCGGCGCGGCCGUAUACCAAUGCAGUCGGUGUCCGGACGUCCCCGAGAGCGCAGUGCGAAUUGCUGGCAGUGCAGUGGGUCCAGUACAGGACACUAACGUGCGUGCAGUGAGGUGGUGUGCAGUGCAACCCUGUUUGGAUACUUACCUGCCGGCGCAUCGCCGAAACCCAGCCGCUUUCCAGGGCUGCCAGCAGCGCCGCGACACUCGCCGCCAACACCACCACCAUGCCGCCCCUCGAAGGCUUCGACAGCAAGGCAGGCUCCUCCACGGCCGCCAAGGUGCCGGAGAUCAACAACAAUGAGCUCAUUGUGGACAAGAAGUCCAUCGCCGAGGAGGAUGUCGUCGAGGACCUCGGGCAGCGCGUCGUGGAGAAGCCCAUCAAGGAGGGUGACGUGAUCGAACAGGAGGCGCAGAACCGCGUGAAACGUGGGCGCCAGUUCGUGUGGCACAACAUCAUCCUCAUCACUCUCUUCCACGGCAUCGCCAUCUGGUCAACGGCCUCCUACAUUCAACAUCUCUCAUGGAAGACGUUCUGGUUUAGCGUGUUCCUCGGAGGGCUCGGAGGGCUCGGCGUGACGGCGGGCUGUCACCGCCUGUGGUCGCACCGCUCCUACAAGGCCAGGAUGCCGCUGCGCGUCGCGCUCGCCCUCUGCUUCUCCAUUGCCGGCCAGAACACCAUCCUGGAGUGGGUGCGCGACCACCGCGUCCACCACAAGUUUACCGAGACGGAUGCCGACCCCCACAACGUGAAGCGCGGCUUCUUCUUCGCGCACGUCGGCUGGCUGAUGCAGAGGAAGCACCCUGAAGUGCUGCGUCAGGGCCGCAAGGUGGACAUGAGCGAUGUGAAGGCUGACCCUGUCGUCCAGUGGCAUGAGCGAUACUUCAUCCCUCUGAAGAUCCUCCUGUGCUUCAUCAUGCCGACGGUCAUCCCUGUAUACUGCUGGGGCGAACAGUGGCACUUUUCAUUCUACGCUACGGCUGUCGUCCGCUACGUUUGUCUGCUCAACUUCACGUGGCUCGUGAACAGCGCCGCGCACAUGUUCGGCACCCAUACCUACGACAAGCGCAUCAACCCGACCGAGAACCAUAUCGUCUCCUUCCUGGCCAUGGGCGAGGGCUGGCACAACUACCACCACGUGUUCCCCUGGGACUACAAGACGUCCGAGUACAGCUAUUACUUCAACUUCACCACAAUCAUAAUCGAUUUAUGUGCCAAGCUCGGCUUGGCGUACGACAUGAAGACAGCCACCCCAGACAUGGUUCGCAAGGUGGCGAUGAAGCACGGCGAUGGCACUCACCCCGUACACCGAAAUGACAACGACCACCACCACCCCGAGGAGAUCACGUUCGAAGAGUACAUCCGAGUCAUGAAGGAGGACGACGAGUACACAGGUGUGACCGAGCUUCACAACGAAAAUGACGUCACUAGGAAGAGCAAGUAGCGCUCCACCAAGUUCCAAAACACAGCGAAAUAGUUACAAUGGUGUUAAAGUGACAAAAUGUGAACCAAUUUUUCAAAUUUGCCUAUUAUUUUAAUUUGUCACUAUGGAGCCUGCAUGAUGGUUUUGUGCCACUUCUAAGGCUCGCCGCAGGCACAGAGGUGGCGCAGACAUGGUGACCCGUAGGGUAGGAGGCGAGGACCUUUACGAUGAGACUGGAUGGAUACCCUUGUAAAGGUGUUAGCUUCCGGCUCGUGGUUGCGGCCUGUUUUGGACAAACAAUGGGGCCUUUUUCGUCCCCCCUACACACUAAUCCGCAGUUUUGCUUUGUAUUUUCGAUUCAGCACAACCAGGCGGGUGCACCUGUGUCUUGUUAUGAUUUAUUCGGUUGUAGAUUAGAAAGGUCGACUGCCCCUCUUAGGGCGAGCAGUGCGCGCUUAUAGAGCCGAGGGGUGCUGGAAAAGGGGGGAAGGUGGCUGCUUUUUAAAGCACGCCUGUCUGUUUCGGACUGGGGUCAAGCGCACCGUGAGACACAAACAUAAUUUUAUACAUUGAUGUGAUAAUUAAUAUUGUACGGGAGGAUUUAUUUGACGCGUUGGCUACGGCGUAGCCACUUUCGCCGCUUUCGGAAUAGGGAAUGUGAAACUACGCCGCAGACAGCGCGAUAAAAGAAUCACCAAAAUGCUACUUCCAGUUUGCUAGCACUAGCACGCUUUGUACAAGUAGGUAGAAGUUGAACGAUGCUCAUGUUAAGUAUACUUACUAUUGUAGUGAACUUAUUCAUAUUAUUCUAAUAAACGAAUGUAAGUGUUGUUGUUUUUAUAAGAAACUUAUUGUAUAUUUUCAAAACGAAACAAAGAUUUAUAAUUAAAACGUCUAAAAAAAUAUGAGAAACUGAA